CCCAUCUGACAAAGCCUGCCCGAAAGAUUCCACGCCCGACUAUGGUUUUGGUGGUGGAUAUGCUGGUGGCAGAGGGAUGAUGAGUGAGUCUUCUGUGAUAAAGACAGUUCGGAUAUUCUUCCCUGAGACCUGGAUUUGGGAUCUAGUUCACAUCGAUUCUAAUGGAAAGGCCAGUGUUUCACUCACCAUCCCUGACACCAUCACAGAAUGGAAAGCCAGCGCCUUCUGCCUGGAAGAGGAGGCUGGGUUUGGCAUAUCCCCAUCUACCUCCUUGACGGCCUUCCUGCCCUUCUUUGUUGAUCUGACCCUACCCUACUCCAUUGUCCGAGGGGAAAAGUUUAAUUUAAUAGCCAAUGUCUUCAACUACCUGGACAAAUGCAUCGAGGUCAGUACCGUACUGGAAGAGUCCAGGGAUUACAAGAUAGAGCCCCUUUCCCAAGAGGGCAACACUGCAAGGGUGUGUGCCAACGAGAGGAAAACCUCCUCCUGGACUAUUAUUCCUCAAAAACUGGGUAAUGUGAGCUUCGCCGUUACUGCUGAGGCAAAGUCGAGUGACGCAUCUCAGGAGCAGGGGAUAGAACGCGUGGACACUAUCAGGCAGCUGCUGUUAGUUGAGCCUGAAGGCAUCAAAAAGGAGCUGACCCAGAGCUCUCUCAUUUGCACAAAAGGCAGCGCUGUCUCUGAAAUGGUGUCUCCGAAGCUGCCAGCGAACCUGGUGCAGGGAUCAGCCAGAGCUUCUUUUUCUGUCCUCGGGGACCUUCUGGGCAUGGCCAUGAGGAACAUGGAGAAUCUUCUCCAGAUGCCCUAUGGCUGUGGGGAGCAGAACAUGGUCCUGUUUGCUCCCAACAUCUACAUCCUGGACUAUCUGAAUAAGACAGGGCAGCUGACUAAAGAGAUCGAAUCCAAGGGCAUUGGAUACUUAACGAGCGGGUACCAGAAGCAGCUGUCAUACAAACACCCGGAUGGAUCCUACAGUUCGUUUGGGACCAGAGAUGUGGAAGGGAGCACCUGGCUCACUGCUUUCGUAUACAAGUCUUUUGCUCAAGCCAAACGCUACAUCUAUAUUGAUGACAACGUCCAAACUCAAACCCUGAUCUGGCUGGCAAGUAAACAGAUGCCAGAUGGCUGCUUCCAAAAUAUUGGGAACCAUUUCAACAAUGCCUUGAAGGAUGGAGCAGAAGAUGGACUUUCACUCACAGCCUAUGUCACUGCAGCAUUGCUUGAGGCCGGACUCCCCAACUCGCACACAGUGGUCCAGAAUGGUCUGUCCUGCUUGGACGCUGCAUCUGUCAGGAAUGUGGACAAUGUUUAUUACCAUGCUCUCCUGGCUUACGCUUAUGGCUUAGCUGGUAACAAGGAAAAAUGGAGAUUCUUCUUGAAGGAGCUGGACAAAUCGGCUACAAAAGUUGGUGAGUGUCAUUUGAGUUUUCCCAUGAGAUAGCCAUUGAGAGCGGUUUGAGAGCGGAAUAGCCGGUGGUAUGAAAAAUGUCAGUCUUUGAUGUCCGGCCCCUGCUACCUUCCCAUUCCACAGCAACCUGGGUUGGACUUAUCUCCAAAGUGGAAUAUGAAUUCUGUGAAUAUCUCUUUACUUUGUGGCCUAUGCAGAAGGGGAAACUGAGGCCUGAUGUUCUUGCAGCUUCAUUUUCUUUUCUUUGUAUAGACCCCUGUUUGCACUCCUCCCCUUCUACCACUCCCUCUCUCUGGAAAUAGAUCCUGGGUCUCUUGCAGUUC